AUUAUUAAUCUUGAUAAUUAAAAAGUUUUCUGUACCGAGAAGAGAAUAUAUUUAUUUAAUUAUUUUAUAUUAUAAACAUCAAAAGAAAUGAGAUAAAGAACAUCUAGUAGCCCAUGAAAUAAUGACUUGAACAGAACUGUCAAACGUCAAACGUCUAAUAUAAAACUCAUUACCCGUCCGAUUGUAUUUUUCUAAGAAAGAUGGAUAUUUCUGAAAAGUUAUUGCAAAUGGCAUUGGAACAGAAAGAAACCGAGAAGAGAUCGAAAAUGGUUACGGAAUUAUCGUCAAGAAAGUGCGAAUUGCAAAAAUCUUUGAGAGAUACUAAAUCAAUGGUCGAUAUAAAGCAACACGAAUUAGAUUCUUUGAAAAAAGAAUGUAUUUCGUUGAGUUGCGAACUACCCGUUUGGCGAGAGAAAGUUAAAAUUGCGAAACAGUUUAUGGAAAGUUUAGUUAAACAAGUUGUGGAACAGGACGAGAUUGUAUAUAAACUUCAGACAGAUUUAUGGACCCACAUCAACGAAUGGAUUUCCAACGAUUCGAAAGGAUUACAAAAAAAUAUAUCUUCUGAAAAUCGAAUAGCUAAAUGUGCGGAUACUGAAGAAAAAAUCAAAGAAGAGAGAUUGAAGCAGAUUAAAUUGGAGGGUAAAUUGCAAGCAAUGAGAACGUUCGAAAAAUAUCAGCAGAAAAAAAUUGCCGAAAUGCGUCAAAUAAAAAAUAUUAUAGAUAAUGCUGAUACGAUUUGAAUCUUUCGAUUAUUUACAAAAAUAAUUUGUUCCGAAUGUUGUAAAAAA